AUGUCUGAUUUUGUCGAACACAAGCAUCCCGACGGCGAAGAUGGCUACGACGUCGACGACUUCGAUGUGGAAGCUGCCGAGGUUGAUGUCGCGGACGAUGGAGAGACAGAGCCUGUAAAUCGUAAAAGACUGUUCGAUGAGAUGGGCCUGGAGGAAGCGGCCGCUCUCAAGCAAGAAGAAGAACAGGUGAAGGAAGAGCCAAGAGACGAAGAGGAAAACGAAAACGAAGACGAAAAUGAAGAUGAGAAUGAAAACGAAGACGACAAUGAAGACGAAAACGAAAACGAAGACGAAAAUGAUGACGACGAGGACGACGAUUUGCGGUCGCGGAAACGGCGGAGGGCAAACCAGUUUGUGGAUAUCGAAGCCGAAGUCGACGAUGAAGAAGAUGAGGAAAUCGACGAAGACGACGAAGAGGCCGAAUUGUUGAGAGAACAGUUUUUAGCUGACGACAAGGAGGCGCCCGAGACGGAGCGCCAGGACGACAGAUUGCACCGGGAAUUCGACCGUAGAAGACAGGAAACCGAGGACCAGGAUGCCGAAGCGUUGGCAGAAACAUUGAAGCAACGUUACCGUAAAACCCAUUCUGUUUACCGUGGAGAUAGCGCCACUUCUGGUACAGUAUCUCAAAAGUUGCUCAUGCCAUCUAUCAACGACCCUUCCAUUUACGCCAUUCGUUGUUCACCUGGUCGUGAAAAAGAACUUGUUCGCAAGCUCUUCGACAAAAAGAGAACCCUCGCCCGAACCGGACGGCCUCUCGAUAUCUUGACGGUGUUCCAAAGAGACUCGUUCAAGGGCUAUAUCUAUAUCGAAGCCAAGCGUGCCGAAGCCAUUGACCGAGCGUUGGCAGGUAUGGUGAACGUGUACCCCAAGAAUCGGCUUUUGGUUCCAGUCAGAGAAUAUCCCGAUCUUUUGAAACAGGUCAAAAGUUCCGACGUGGAGAUCGUGCCUGGACUCUAUGUUCGUAUGACCAGAGGAAAGUAUAAGGGAGACCUUGCUAUAGUGGAUAAUCUUUCUGAGAACGGGUUGGAUGUUCGAUGUAAACUUGUCCCCAGAUUGGACUAUGGUAAAAACGACACUUUUGACAGAGACGGCCGCAGAAUUAAGCUGAAGGUGCGCCCUCCCGCCCGUUUAUUCUCGGAACAAGAAGCCAGAGCCUACGAUAGCGAAUUCUUAUCGCCCGGAAGGGGUCCUAGAACCUACAUUUACCGCGGUGACGAUUAUGUCGAUGGGUUCUUGUAUAAGGAUUUCAAGCUUCAGUUCAUCAACACCAAAGAUGUGAAUCCUACUCUCGCUGAGUUGGAGCGUUUCAACGUGGGCGACGAUGGUAUCGAUGUGUCAGCCGUGGCCCUGAUGAAAAAGGAACAAACCUCAGCAUUUCAACCCGGCGAUAAAGUAGAAGUUCGUCGUGGUGAACAGGCUCGUACUGUGGGUAAAGUCACAGCGCUGUCUCUCAACGAAGUCACUAUAAUGGUGACCGAUAGUGGAGAUCCUCGUUUCGUGAACCAAGAAUUGACAGUGGUUGCGGCAGAUCUUCGUAAAGUUUUCGCUCCAGGAGACCAUGUUCGAGUUGUCGCUGGUAAGCACGCCGACGAAACAGGCUUGGUUAUCAAGCUUGAAGGAGAUUCCGUGGUUCUUUUGAGUGACCAGACCAAGGCAGACGUGAGAGUCUUCGCCAAUUACUUGGUGAAAGCUACUGACGCACUGACAUCUACGGAAACUGGUGGCAUGUACGAUAUCAAGGACUUGGUACAGCUCAAUGCGUCUACUGUGGGUGUUAUAGUGAAGGCAGACAAGGACUUGUACGAGCUUCUUACGUCUGAUGGUCGUCUUACCACCGUCAAGCCUUCAGGUAUAGCUUCCAAGCUUCGGAUGACCCGUCGUGAACAGAUAGCCACUGAUAAAAAUGGAAAUACUGUUCAGGUUGGAGACACAGUAAGAGAAUUAGCCACCGACAAGAAGCGCGAAGGUGUUGUUGUGCAUAUAUUCAAAAACUCGUUGUUCAUACAGCUGCAUGAUGUCUCUGAAAACCUUGGGUUUUUCGUCACCAACUGUAUGAAUGUAUUAGCGGUGACACGAGACGGACCUAAGGGACCAGAUCUUACCAAAAUGAAUCCAAACAAGGUGGCCGGUCCGUCACCAGCUGUUACUGCUCGUCGCGGUGGGCGUGACAAAUUGAUCUACAAGGACGUUAUUGUUACUGGUGGAAAUCAUAAGGGGCUUAUGGGAAAGGUGACCGAUACCGACGAUGUGUUUGCUCGUAUUGAGUUGCAUACCAAAUCCAAAAAAAUCAAGGUUAACAAGAACAACUUGAGUGUUAUAAUACGUGGUGAGUCUAUUCCGUACUUGCGGUUUAUCGGUGCCAACAACGGACCUCAAAACAGUGGUUCUUCCAUGAACAACCAGAACAGAUUUGGACCAGCAUUUUCGUCGGGCGGAAAAUCUGCCUGGGGAAAUGGCGGUGCUACGCCAAUGGUAGGCGGUGGUGGUGCUGGAGGCGGUACAUCUUGGGGAGGAGGUGCCACAGCUUGGGGCAAAACUCCCGGUGGUGCUUCUACCUGGGGAGGAAAUGCCAACUCAGGAGCCUCUACGUGGGGAGGUGGAAAUGGAGCAGCUUCGACCUGGGGUUCUGGAGCAAAUGCCGGUGCUUCUACUUGGGGAAAUGCCAAUGGUGGUGUUUCAACGUGGGGCUCCAAUGGAAAUGCUGGCAAUUCUACUUGGGGAGAUAAUGGCGCAGGGUCCACAUGGGGAGCUGGAGCUGGUGCUGGAGCUGGUGCCGGAGCCGGAGCAGGAGCAGGGUCUGCGUGGGGAAGUGGCAGUAAUUCUACUUGGGGCAACCGUGGAGGUGACAAAAGCACAUGGGGCUCGGGGUCUACGUGGGGCAACAAGUGA